AUGUCCUACCUCCUCUACUCCGUCUGCAUCUCCCUCGUCGUCCUCGCCACAGCGCUCUUCCUCACGCGAUCCUGCUGGCUCCGCCGCCUCCCGGGCUCCCACCACCUCUACUCCCGCCUGCCCUCCACCUUUGCGGGCGACAUCGAGGCCGGCCUCUCCAGCAGCACGUUUGACCUCAGCGGCAACGUCGAGGAUGGCGACGGCCGCGCCGGCCUCGACGACGAGAGCAAGGCCGAGAUCCUCAAGAUCAUGAAGAAGAGGCGCCUGCCCUUUGACCAGGCGCGCAAGGUCUACAUGGAGAACAAGUUCAAGGCCAACGGAAUUGGAGCCGACGGACGACCAAGAGACCCCAAAUUUGUCAGCUUCUCAUGA